AUCCACCAUGGCGUCCUCUAGCAUCUGCAAUCGUCUCUUUCUGCUUGUGACACUCCUGUUGCUGGGCAGCUGUUCGUCCCUGAAAGACAAGGCCACAGGAAUCCCCUUUGUUCCUCAACUCAAUGAACUGUCGCUCUUUGGCGUGGGAGUCCGAAAGAAGGGGCCCAUCAAGGUAUACGCCGUGGGUCUGUACUGUUCCGAAACUCUCAAACAGAAACUUUCUACAAUCUCCAAAGCUGCCGACAAGGGCAAGCAAGCAUUGGCAGCACUGAGAGAGGGGGUCAAAGAACACCCCACCACCUUUUUAUUGGAAAUGAACUUCAAGGUGGGAGCCGAAAAAAUGGCCAAUGCCAUUGCCGAAUCGGUAUCCCCACGGUACACCGGACCUGCGACAGAUGUUGACGACCUCAAAGGCUUGAUUGCCAAUGGUGUCAAGCCCAUGGGGAGUGUGGGAAAAGGUAACAAGAUCCAGUUUGAUUGUUCCACAGAAGGCAUUGCGGUGGCAGUCGAUGGACAAGAUCAAGGCAAUGUCACCAGCAGUGGACUGGCGGCCGCCUUUUGUGAUGUCUAUCUGGAUGACAAGUCAGUGAGUCCGACAUUGCGAGACUGUUGUAUUAAUGAAUGCUGUGCGCCGUAGAUUGGCAAAAGACAGGAAGACCUAUUACUAAGCAAGCCAAGCAACCACAAUGAUCCAAACAAACUACCGUACAUGCAUGUUUUGUGCUUGUGUUUGUAUACCUACUGUACUUUCAUCUCUACGUAGCAACCGUUUGUUUUGAGCGUGCCAAGCCUUCUACGCCCA